CUAGUCGGACAGGGUUGUGGAAAAAAAUAAGUAGUUGUCAUGAUAUUUACCUAGCCAAUCUACAAAUGACAGACACAUAUCAAAUUAUACAGAGUACAUUACCCAUGUCAGGGCUCAAGAAGAAUUUUCGAGGCUGCUGAGUGACCUGAUCAGGUGGUGUUGGCACCUUUGUGCCAUCUCAUUCCAAGUCCCUGAGGAACUUUAAUACAGGUAGAAUAUUUUGUCUUCACCAUCAGAUGCUCCAUCCAUCGGUGUGUCAUAUAUAUGGCUAGUCAAGCUGUUUAGUACACUCACCCCCCCCCCCCCCCCACACACACACACACUUUCCCCUCACCCCCCCCAGGAGAAGAUGAACGGCCUGUCCAUUAGAGAGCUAUGCUGCCUGUUCUGCUGCCCUCCUUGCCCCAGCCGCAUCGCAGCCAAGCUGGCCUUCCUCCCUCCAGAGCCCACCUACUCAAUGCUGCCAGACCCAGAGGCUACAGCUGCGGCAGCAGCCGGGACCACGCCUGGUGGUGCACCCCCCUCUCUGGGGGCUCCAGGUUUGCGCUCCCGGCUGGGUGGCGUAGGGGGAGACAGAGGAGGAGGGGGAGGAGGAGAGGGCAGGUGGAAGCUCCACCUGACAGAGAGGGCAGAGUUCCAGUACACUCAGAGAGAGCUGGACAUGACGGACGUGUUCCUGACAAGGUCUAGCCGGGGGAACAGGGUGGGCUGCAUGUACAUCCGCUGUGCCCCCAAUGCCAGGUUCACAUUGCUAUUCUCCCAUGGUAAUGCAGUAGACUUGGGUCAGAUGAGUAGCUUCUACAUUGGCCUGGGAACGCGUAUCAACUGUAACAUCUUCUCCUACGACUACUCUGGCUAUGGUGUCAGCACCGGCAAACCCUCAGAGAAGAACCUCUACGCUGACAUAGACGCUGCCUGGCACGCCCUGCGCUCCCGGUAUGGCAUCAGCCCAGAGAACAUCAUCCUGUAUGGGCAAAGUAUUGGCACGGUACCCACGGUGGACCUGGCGUCCAGGUUUGAGUGUGCUGCUGUGGUGCUCCACUCCCCUCUCACCUCUGGCAUGAGGGUGGCCUUCCCCGACACCAAGAAGACCUACUGCUUUGAUGCCUUCCCCAACAUAGAGAAGGUGUCUAAGAUCCCUUCCCCAGUGCUGAUCAUCCACGGGACGGAGGACGAGGUGAUCGACUUCUCCCACGGCCUGGCUCUGUUUGAGCGCUGUCCCAAGGCCGUGGAGCCACUCUGGGUGGAGGGGGCGGGACACAACGACAUAGAGCUCUACAGCCAAUACCUGGAGAGACUACGGCGCUUCAUCAACCAAGACCUGGCUGCAGCACAUGCCUGAGAGAGGAGGAGAGGGUGUGUGUGUGUCUGUGUGUGUGUGUUUUAGCUCUGUGUGUGCGUGUGUCUGUAAGGAGCUGUACAAAGUCAUCAACCUACAGUACCCGAAGAGGAGCAUCCAGUAUGCUGUAAAUCUGUGAGUGCGUUGAGGGUAUGUGUGUUGAUUCAUGGAAAUGAAUGACCUCUUGACAUGGACACAACUGUCCGACUUUGGAUACGUGUUCCUUGAGACUUCCUGAGGCUGAAUAUGUGUGCGCACCUACAAACUGUCUUCUCUGUGUACAUACAGGUAACUGACGAAAUAAAGGAAACAACAAAGUGUCUUAGUAGGGCGUUGGGCCGCCAGAACAGCUUCAAUGCGCCUUGGCAAAGAUUCUACAAGUGUCUGGAACACACAACCACAACCCCUUUUUAAAUGUGUUUUGUCCAAUAUUUGUACAUUUUUUUUAUCCCAGCCCCCGUCCCCGCAGGAGCCCUUUUAACUUUUGGUAGACCGUCAUUGUAAAUAAGGAUUUGUUCUUGACUGACUUGCCUAGUUAAAUUUAAAAAAAAAAAUGCUUCUUUGAGACCCCUCUUUCAAAGUCACUGAGUUCUCUUCUAGCUAUGGUAGCCCAAAUAAUGGGCAACUGGGCAUUUUUAUCCAACUUUAAGCAUGAUGGGAUGUUAAAUUGUUAAUUAACUCAGGAACCACCGCUGUGUGGAAGAACCUGUUUUCAAAAUACUUUGUGUCCCUCAUUUACUAAAGUGUUUCCUUUCUUUUGGCAGUUACAUGUAUGUAUGUACAACUCAAGAGUUGAACAUGCUAUCUGUACGGACCUGAGUUGACAUCACUCCUCCCUGUGUCUACAGUAGACAGCUGUCUGUCUGCUUUUGUAUUUCUCCCCGUCGCUCUUAAGAGACAUCCUCCCUCUCUGGAUUGCUUUCACCAAUCCAGAGAGGGAGGAGAACUGGCCUUUUUAAGAGUCAUUUGAGAAAUAACAUUUUCUCAUGCUAGUUAUUUUCCGUCCACUUGCCCCUGUCCGCUUGCUAAGAAGUUAAAACAGACUCGCAGGAGAGAAGACUUUCUCAUGUUAUCAGAAGGUCUUCUCUCCUGUGAGUCUGUGUACUAACUUCUUAGUUUAAGGUUAUGAUAACUGAGUGAGGGCAAGGAAUGAAGAUGUACUGCGGUAUUUAAUCUUUGUUUGACUGUUGCCCAUCCAUAUGAUCCAAUGUGUCUGAAGUCUACGGGUAAUGGAGACUUUGAUGUCUCUGAAGCCUUAGAUGAACAUAGAUUUGUAGUCACAAACACAUCUGGAAUCAGGCUAGAAAAUACUAGCAAAAAAAACAAACAAGUUUGUUUUUGUAAGGAGACCUCUAUGUCUGUCUUGAUAGAUUGUGAAUGAAGAACAAUCAAGCCUAUACAACAAAACCGGUUUGAGGUGUCUUUGGAAAAUCUCUUUUAGUUUUCAUUUUAAGGAACAGUCUUCUCUGUAGCUCUUGAGAAGAUGGUUCAGUUUACUGUUUUGAGGAUGGAGAAAGCAGGACUGAUGAUCAAUUGCAGUGGAUGAUGUCCGCGAAGCCAUCUGAACUGUCAUUUUCUGUCAAAGUAACAUGUUAUUUCAUGCGUCUUACAUCAUACACGUACGCAAUAGUUGUUUCGGUUUGCUGCUACUUAUCUGUAUCACAGGACGACAGACCUUUUCUAUUCCUAAUGGUAAAGAAAUUGUGUUAUAGUGUCUUAUAAAUAUAACACUUUUACUGACUUUCUGAGAUCUGUCAGGAUUACACAUUCCUUAAUUCACACUCCUCAAUCUUUGCUCAUGCAUUUUCUCUCAAAGUAAUAACAUUUUUAUAGUGUAUAGCAGAGCCACAGAUAGACACAGAGUUUACGGCUUGACUCAAUCCUUAUCACUGAGGUUCAGCGCUGUAGCGCGGUUGAAAUGUGAAGGUUAUUUGCGAUUUGAGCCGACAUACGCAGUGUUUACCGUGAAUGCGGUCUCCGCAAGCGCAGGAACAUUACUUGGACGUUUCUAGCGGGCUGUAAUGCAGGUCUCCAGCACUACGGAUUGAGUCGAUCCAUUACUCAAACUCUGUUUGAAACGUUGAAUCAUAAUUAGGUUCCAUAACAUAGAUGGAGCCAACAUGAAUGCCAGUUUCAUGAACUGAUGGUAUGAUAUCUGUGGUGUAUAGGAGCUCUUCCAUGGUGACAGAAUGAUUCCUGUCUGAUCCAAGCCGUAAACAAGCUUCUCACUGUUAGUGUGGUGCAGGUUCCACCACAUCAGUCCACAAACAACCACACGGCACAAGCAAGCAUGAUAAGCAGGUCUUAAGUUCAGGACUAUUGUACAAAGCAUCCAAAGUGUAGUUAAAUAUAAUAUGUACAUACAGUGUCUAUUUUAGUAUUGUUGACUAACUGAACUGAACUGACCCCCCCCCC